GCACACUGUCGGCACCUUCCUUCUAUUGUUAAUUCAGCAACAGCAGCUUUUAAUGCAUAACUAAUAUUAGCUGAGCUUUUCCAUCACCACUCACCUGCCUGCACAGUCACCUUGAUUUUGAAGCAAAUAGGCAGUUAAAGAAUGUACAAACGCAGGGGCCACAUCGUUCACUGGGAAAAGCAGGUAUUGUUUCCCUGGACACAGUAAAGUGACGGCCAUGAACAAUGGGGUGGGAUUCUAGGUAUUUAUUAGGUGUGAAGCCUGGGCUGUGCAUCAGAUGUGAGUUUUCCCCCUUGCCAGUGGCUGUGCCUUUCCCUAUGUAUUAAUGUAUUCUUUGUGUUUUUAUCUAGAUCCAGAGUGGGCUUCUUACAAACUUGGAAUAUUCAUUUGUUUGACUUGCUCUGGAAUUCAUCGUAAUCUUCCUGAAAUCAGCAGAGUCAAAUCCCUUCGGCUUGACUUCUGGGAGAGUAAUUUAAUAGAGUUUAUGAGAAAUCACGGGAAUCUCUGGGCCAAAGCUAAAUAUGAGGCCAAGGUCCCUCCAUACUAUUACAUCCCCAUGUCCCAUGACUGCAUGGUUUUAAGAGAGCAGUGGAUUAGAGCUAAAUAUGAGCGUGAGGAAUUUCUUGACACCCGAGUCUGCCAAGAUCCCUGUUCUGCAGGCAGCCGUGAAGGAUGCCUCUGGAAGCUUGGGAAGGCACGCAGACAGUUCCAGAAGAGGCGUUUUCUCCUAUCAGCAAGGGAAGGGGUGAUGAAGUACUACAACAAAGAAGUGGAGAAAAUAGGACACAGUCAUGGGCUGCAGAUCACAUACAUCACAGAUGGUCAAACAAGGAACCUUUUUGUCUAUCACGAAAGUGGAAAGGAGAUCGUUGACUGGUUCAAUGCUAUUCGGGCAGCACGUUACCAUUAUCUCAGAAUAACCUUCCCAAAUGUCCCUGAGCCUGAGCUCAUACCCAGGAUCACAAGAAAUUUCGUCAAGGAAGGCUAUAUGGAGAAAACAGGACCAAAACAGAAGGAGGCCUUUAAGGUACGCUGGUUCAGCUUGGAUUCUCAAGAAAGGAACCUGCUAUACUUUAAAAAUCCACUGGAUGCAUUUGCACAGGGACAGGUUUUCAUUGGAAGGAAGGAUGAGGGAUAUGAAGUACGAGAUGAUUUACCCCAGAAAGUCUGGAUGAAGAAGAAAAAACCAGUGAUCACUCUGGUCACACCAGCGAGAGAGUUUGUGUUUAUCUGUGAGAAUGACAGGAAGCAGAAGGAGUGGAUGGAUGCCUUGAAUGCAGUCAUCACCCAACUCUGAUGUCCACAGAGAGGAGCAGGCAGGCAGCUACAUUCCACCUCUCUGCAGCUCCUGGUCACACAGGGACUGGGUUGUUUUCAACAGAGUG